GUUCAUAAUAACUAACAUCUACUGGCGUCUUUUUGUUUCCCCAUAUGGUUCACAUUAGAGACCUAGGACGCGUCUAAAUAUCAGUUUUGUACGUUUUGCAAAGGUUGAAUGUUGGUGGUUAUGGAGGAAAGAAUGAGAACAAUGGCCAGGGUCUUUAGGAGAGAGUGCCACAGGGUGUUAGACUCUGAGAGAACUACUAUCCAGGGGGCAGAUGGGAUGCUGAUGGUCCUACAACUUGCUAUGGCUGGAGUAAACAAGCAGGAACGUGGGGACUUUGGCGUUGCCUUAAGUGAAGUCUUGGCUGUCUGGAAGUACUUCCUUCUGGAUAAGCUCCAGUUAUCCCACAAAGAUAUACCUCUUCCACAGAGUUAUGACCUCAUCCGAAAAAAGUAUGACUGCUUUUUGAAGCACACCAAUACUGUGGACUUGAUUGACGUCUUCAGUAUGUUCAAGGAGCUUCGGUUAAAUGAGGACCCUGAGGAGCCCCUAACCGCAAUGCAAAUGUUUCAAUUUCUCUUUGGAGAAAGUGAAAGUUCGGAGAAUGUGAAGUGUCAACCAGUAUGUCCUGCAACUCCAUCCUGCAAAGCUGCAGACUGUAGUCCACAAAUACAGAGGGUUGUCAGAAGGGUUUUUUGUUCCUAUUUGGGCCUUCUGGUGAACUCAAAAAAUGACCUUGCCCUCACAUACACCCUGGACAAUCCCAAUCGCUCACUGGGCCACAGCGCCUUUACUGAUCUCAGACAUGACGCCUGCAAAAGCGCCUCAUCUCUCUUCCUGACCGUAACAUCAUUUGUCAGAGCCAUACAGCUGGGAGGAAAGGGUUACGCCCCACCUGAGUCCCACCCUUUAAGGAAGCACGUAAAGGGUUUAUCGGAAUUUCUCUAUUUUGUUGACCAGUGUCAAGACAUCUUAGGAGAAACCACUAAUCCAAGAGAGGCUGGAUCCAAACUGGUGUCUAGUAUUAGAGCUGCAUUGGUCAAAGGCCGCAGUGCUGGAGAUCCAGUGUACCUUGCAGCAGAGGAGUCAACCAAAAGUCUCAAGGAAAGAAUCGGUCAAAUACAUGCCAUGCACACACAGUCAACAGUUGGCACAGGAAUCAGUCCAGCAAGGCCCAAAGCAUAUGCUAUUAACCAUGCCACCGCCUAUGGAGGACGAGAGACAGUGAAGGUUUUGAUGGCUCUUUUGGAUGAAGAAGCAUUAGCUCUGCCCUGCAGGAACAAGGCAGAACUGCUCUCUGAAGAUCAUGCAGCUCUUAAUGGCAGCACUGGAGCUUGCCUACUUGCUCUUUACAAAUCUCCAGAAGCCCCCACGGGAUCUUCUCCAAAGAGUUUACGGAACCGCGUCUUGAGCCAACAAGAACAUAUCAAGUCCAAGGUUGUACGGCCAACAAUUCGUUCUCAGUUUGCAUGUACAUACAAGGAAGAGGAGCUGCCCCUCAACCGGGUGCUGGAGUUUCCCAGCACUAGCCAAAUUCCCACCUGUGUGCACCCUGCCCCCAAAAAAGCCAACUCUGAGUGUGACAAUGGGAUGCACAGAAGAUUCAAAGAGGCCACAAACCUGAGGUGUGAUGGUCCUGGCCAAUCCACUCUGGGGGAACAUAGUGGAAAUGCCUGGAACCAAGCAGGUGGGAAGUCAACCCAGCCAGAACAGCCCAGAAGAGCAACCGGGACCUUGAAGAGAAAGCUCGCCAAUAGAGAGUGCACUGAGCAGGGAAGAGAGGAGAACCAGCCCCCUCAGAAAAGGCCCCCUGCCAAGGCAGCCACUGGAGGCCCGGGAAAAAGGAACAAUAAAGCUGUCGGCAAGAAGCUCAUUGCUGGUCAGGGCAAACUGACUGGCUUUUUCAGAUUGUAAUUCACUCACCUGUCUCUUGUGGACGAUGCUCCAUUUUGCGACCAUUUUUGCAUUUUAUUUAUUUGUAGUUUAAAUGUAUUUAAAGGGAUAGUUCAACUGAAAUGUACACAUGUUGUUUAUAACCUUUGUUUUUAGAGCAAAACAUCAUUUCAAAUGAUUUUACGCUCCCUUUUAAUGCAAUUUAGAUCACAUGAACACCACUGAGAACUUUUCUACAGAUAAUUAUGAACGUGGGUGGGUGGUCUACUGUAUAUUCUUCAUUGAAGUUGGCAUAGAAAGACAGGCAGAGUGAUAUUGAUUUACCUUUCAUGAUGUAUGUUUUUUGGUCUCUUUAAACAUUAAUUGUACUCUGCAGGUU